CGGACGGCGGCCGCUCCCCCGUGCCGACGGUCCCCGGCGAGCAGGAGCGCGCAGCGCGCCGCCCGCCGCCCGCCGGCGCCAUGCCGCCCUCUCCGGCGCUGCUGCUGCUGCUGCUGCUGACGGCCGCCAGCGCCAGCGCCAGGGCGCAGGAACCGGACUACAACGGGCCCAACGGCAACUACGAUGACUACGGUGCCGACAACUACGACUACCCCGGCUACGACGACUUCGAGAAUGGCGACGGCAGCUACGUAGACCGCCAGGACAGUGCCAGCUCCAGCUCGUCCAGCGCCACGAACAGUGGCGGGGAGAGCACCUACAGCUACACGUACGAGAGCAGCAGCUUCGGCGGCGAGGCGGCCGCUGCGCAGGAGCGCCAGGCGGCCGAGGCCCAGGCACGCGCCGAAGCCGAGGCCGAGAGGCGCCGUCUGGAGCUGGAGCGCGUCGAAGCCGAGAGGGAAGCCAGGCGGCUGGAGCUUGAAGCGCGCUCUCGCGCGGAAGCCGAGAGGAACGCCAGGCGAAUGGAGCUGGAAGCGCGCGAGAGGGAGCAGGCUGAGGCGCGAGCCAGGCAGCAGGCCGAAGCCGAGGCGAGGUGGCAGGAGGAGGCCGAGGCCCGAGAGGCCGAGGCCCGGGAGCAGGCCCAAGCCCGGGCGGAAGCCGAGGCCCGCGAGCAGGCAGAGCGAGAUAGGCUGCGCGGAGGUCUGGCGGCAGGCGAGGCGGCGACGGCCGCCGGAGCGUUCCCCAGCGGCUGCACGUUCGAGGGACAGCGGUACGCCGAGGGUGACACGUUCCGGCCUGACUCGUGCACCACGUGCACGUGCAGUGGCGGCCAGGUGGACUGCCAGACGGGCGACUGCGAUCAGGACCCGUGUGAUGGCGUCAUCUGUCCAGAGACCGAGUGCGACACGCAGGAGUACAUCCCUCUGGGCCAGUGCUGCCCGAUCUGCGCCGACGUUACUGACGGUGUCGGCACCGGUGUCGGAGGUCCAGACGCAGACCAGGAGGAAGGACCGCAGCCGCCAGUGGCGGGGCCGACAGGAGACCCGGGCCCGCCGGGCUCGCCGGGUGUGCCGGGUACGCCGGGCAGUCCAGGCACGCCCGGCCAGCCUGGCGGCCCGGGCCCGACGCCCGACCCGGGGCCCUACAUCCAGCAGCUGCAGGCGUCGCUGGGCGGCGACAAGGGCCCGCCGGCGCAGCCGCUCUACCUGCAAGCACAGACAGGACCGGCCGGCGCGCGCGGCUCGCCAGGUCCGCCGGGUCCGGCGGGACCGCAGGGUUUCCAAGGAGUGCGCGGAGAGCCGGGGGAUCCAGGACCUCCGGGACCGGUCGGCAGCCAUGGACCUAGAGGAAUCCCCGGCAUCCCCGGCAAAGACGGCGAAAACGGCGAGGACGGCUCCCCCGGCCCGGCCGGCGCGCAGGGGCCGCCGGGGCCGCGCGGCCUGCCGGGCAUGCCCGGUAUGCCCGGACCCAAGGGCCACCGCGGCUUCUCCGGCACGGACGGCGCCAAGGGAGAGCUCGGUCUGCCCGGAGAGAAGGGCGGCAUCGGACCGUCCGGCCGCCCCGGCGAGCCCGGACCGCUGGGUCCGGCCGGUCCCCGCGGAGAGCGUGGCAGGGACGGCCCGCCCGGCCCGGCCGGCCUCAGAGGCAUUGAUGGCAUCGCUGGACCGCCUGGUCCGCCGGGCGCCGCCGGCAAGUCCGGUCCGCCUGGCUUCCCGGGCAGUCCCGGCGCCAAGGGUGACCGCGGUAACGAGGGGCCCAAGGGCAGCGUCGGACUCCAGGGGCCUCGUGGUGAGGCCGGCCAGCCCGGCCUGCCCGGCGAGCAGGGCGCCCCCGGGCGGCCCGGCAAGGACGGUGCCGACGGCGAGAAGGGCAGCUUCGGCGCGCCCGGCCCGAUGGGUGCGCCCGGCUUCCCGGGACCGCGCGGUCCGCCUGGCAACACGGGCAGUCCCGGGCUGCCUGGACAGAAGGGAGAGCAGGGCCUGACCGGCACCCGCGGCCUGAAGGGCUCGUCGGGCGCCAAGGGCGACUCUGGUGAGGCCGGGGCGCGCGGGGCGCCAGGGCCGCCGGGCUCUGCCGGCCGGCGCGGCCGACGUGGUCUGCGCGGCCCGCCGGGUCUGCUCGGGCCGCAGGGCGAGCGCGGCCCGCCCGGCACGCGCGGCCUGCCCGGCGCCGACGGCCCGCCCGGCCUGAAGGGCUCCGUGGGCGACCGCGGCCAGCCGGGCAGGAUGGGUCUUAAGGGCUCCAGCGGCGACACUGGCCGGCCCGGCCCGCCCGGACUGGUUGGCGAGCGGGGAAUGCAGGGGCGCACUGGCAGUCCGGGACGCCCCGGCCGCACCGGAGACCGCGGCCUGCCCGGAGCCGACGGCAAACCUGGCGAGAUGGGCGCCACCGGCUCCACCGGCCUGCCCGGCCCAAUCGGACCCAUCGGCGCGCAGGGACGACCGGGAGAACCGGGCAAGGACGGCAAGGCGGGCGACGCUGGCCCUCCGGGUCCUCGCGGCGACGCCGGCCGCGACGGACCCAUGGGUCCCAUCGGGCCGCCGGGACCGCCCGGCUCGGCCGGAGCGCGUGGGCCCGUCGGACAGUCGGGAGCCAGAGGAUUCCAGGGUCCACCGGGCACGCCCGGCAGUCCCGGUAACCCCGGCAAGGACGGCGAGCCGGGCCUGCAGGGGCCCACCGGCCCACCCGGAGAGAGCGGGCCCAGAGGAUCGCGAGGAUUCAGAGGCGAGCGCGGCGCCAUGGGUCCGCCUGGGGAGGCGGGCGCUCGCGGCGAGCAGGGUGCCAUCGGACCGGACGGACCGCCCGGACCACCCGGACCCACCGGCGCCAAGGGACACCGCGGAGGACCGGGACUUGUGGGUCUACCCGGCAGGAGGGGCAACACCGGACCCGCCGGCCCGAAGGGCGAGGCCGGCUCCCAGGGCAAGAUCGGACCGGAGGGCCCCACCGGCCGCCCGGGACCGCAGGGCAUCCAGGGCGAGCUGGGCCCGGUCGGGCCGCCCGGCCAGUCUGGCGAGCGCGGCGAGCCAGGCUCGUCGGGGCCGCCCGGCGAGCUGGGCAAGCCCGGCCUCAUGGGCGCUCGUGGUCCGCCCGGACCGCAGGGACUGCGCGGCUUCCCAGGACAGCAGGGCAUCACCGGCUCCACCGGACCCAAGGGACAGCAGGGACUGCCCGGACAGAAGGGUUCGCAAGGAAACCCGGGCACCGAAGGCAAGCCGGGUCCGUCGGGACCGCCAGGCCCGUUCGGCCUGACCGGCUCCAAGGGCUCUCGCGGCGAUCCGGGCCCGGUGGGACCGCAGGGCACUUCCGGUGCGCCCGGCCGGCCGGGCGAGCAGGGGCCACAGGGCCUGCAGGGCGCCACCGGACAGCCGGGCCUGGCCGGCCUGCCCGGCAUCAAGGGCGCGCGCGGCGACCUCGGCCGGCCCGGCCUGCAGGGCUCCGCCGGCAGCCCGGGAAAACCGGGCCCCGAGGGCAUCAAGGGCAGCUUUGGCGCGCCUGGCCUGCCGGGCCUGGUCGGACCCAUCGGACCGCCCGGCGCCGCUGGAGAGCGAGGCCUCCCAGGCCUGCCCGGAGGCUCCGGACCCAAAGGACCGCAGGGCUUGCGUGGAUCGCCGGGCGAGGCUGGAGAGCCGGGCCAGCGCGGCCAGGAGGGCCCCUCGGGCCAGCCCGGCCUGCGCGGACCGCCGGGCAAUCCGGGACCGGCCGGCGAACAGGGACCCAGCGGGCCCGAGGGCAAGAUGGGCGCGCCUGGCAUCAGCGGCCGGCCCGGAGACAAGGGACCGCCUGGCGACGUCGGCCAGCCGGGCAUCUCUGGACCACCCGGACUGCAGGGAGCUCCUGGCCCCGUCGGCCCGUCCGGACCGACGGGCGAGCGCGGCGAUCGUGGCGAGCCCGGCGUCCAGGGCGUCGAGGGGCCUACCGGCGAGAGGGGCAAGCAGGGUCCGCCCGGCUUGCAGGGACCCAGGGGCGAGCGUGGCGUGGAGGGCGUCAAGGGCGGCAAGGGACAUCGAGGUCUGCUCGGUCUGCAGGGUCUGCCCGGUCCGGCUGGCCCCACUGGCGAGAAGGGACCGCCGGGCUCGCCAGGCACACCCGGAGCCCCGGGCGAGCCAGGCAUGAAGGGCCCAGCCGGAAUGGACGGCAUGCCAGGUCCGCAGGGUCUGGAGGGCCCGCCGGGCCCGCGUGGUCCCAGCGGAGACACGGGGCGGCCGGGCCAGGCCGGAGCGCCGGGCCCGGCCGGUCCGCCCGGCCCGCCCGGCGAGUCGACUGGCUUCGAUGUGGCUGCGCUGCAGGCCUUCAUGCAGACGGGCCAGGACAAGGGACCCGAUCCGCUCAACAGCGACGAGCCCAUCCGCCUCGGCAAGGAGCUGACCGACGACGAGCGCAAGGAGAUCGUGCUGAUGGCCUACAACCAGCUGCAGGCGCGCUUCAAGACGCUGGUGAAGCCGGACGGCACGGCCGACGCGCCGUCCAAGACGUGUCGUGACCUGGCCGUGGCCUAUCCGGACAAGGAGAACGGCAAUUACUGGAUCGAUCCCAACGAGGGCGACAAGAAGGACGCCAUCCUGGUCUACUGUGACCUGGGUCAGCGCAUGACCUGCCUGAACCCGGACCCGGCCGUCACGCCCGAGCUGUCCGCCUCCAAACGCAGCCGCGAACACCAGUGGCUCUCAGAAGACAUCAACGGGGGAUCUGAGUUCUCCUACAAGGCGGACGCCAACCAGAUCGGCUUCCUUCAGCUGCUGUCGACGCGCGCCGAGCAGAACAUCACGUACCACUGCCGCAACCACGUGGCCGUGUACAACGCGCAGCGCGAGACGUACCGCGGCAGCCUGCGGCUGAUGAGCUGGAACGACCAGGAGGUGUAUGCCCGUGGCCGCAGCAAAUACGACACGCUCUCUGACGGCUGUCAGGGGGCGCCGUCCAGCUGGGGUCAGACCCUGAUCCGCGUCAGGACGCCGCGCACCCAGCGCCUGCCGCUCACCGACAUCGGGAUGCGCUCCGUCGGGCGGCGCGACCAGCUGUUCAAGGUCGAGAUCGGGCCUGCCUGCUUCUUCUAGAGAGCCGGCCGCGCCGGGGAACAAACACUGCCAGGGCGACGUCACUGCCAGCCGGACCGGUGACGUCACUCGUCCGAAGGAGGAGGAGGAGACGGCUCGGGAGGAGGAGUGUGAGGAUCGGAGAAAAGAUGUGAGCGGACAAGACAACGUGUGUAGAAACACAAAACGAAAAACGCGGGGGGAGGAAGAUAGAAUACUUUUGGUGGAGAUGAGAGGGAGAAGGAGGAUGGAUGGUGAUGGCGGUUGAUGAGGAGUGGAGGACAGUGAUGGAAGUAGCAGGGCCAAGAUCCGGGGCUCAUUGGUGGACCGGGGGGCGAUUGUCUCUGCCAGGUACCCGCCGCCGGUUGCGGCGGAUGCCCGGUCACUGCGCACGCCACUUCGCUUGGCGUGACGAGAGGGAGAACAUCCAGCGAAACUGCCCAGCAUGGUCCACCAAUGUGCCCCGGAGGGACCCGCUCUCCGCACGCGACUGACUCGGGAGAGACAAGCGUGACAUCUAGCCUUAAGUAUUUUUAUAUGUCUGUGACUUAGAUAGUCCUAGCUAUAGGUAGGUUA